GUUGAAAGGAGAGAGGAUGCUUAACAUUAUGGACACUCAAUACAUACAGAUGACAGUCAUAUGUCUUCUCUGUUUUUGGACUAUGGGUUUAGCAGCGGAUCUACGAUGCAAUGAUAUGUAUGAAAAAGAUGGCAGAUGUUGUGAACUUUGUCCACCAGGCACAUUUUUGAAGAAGCACUGCACCACUCAUGCCAAAACCGACUGUGGUGACUGCCCAGCGGACUCCUACUCUGAGUUCAGUGACCGCGUAGAGAACUGUCAACCAUGCCUCAAAUGCCAACAGGUCUAUGCAAGAGCAUGCACCUCAACCGCAAACGCAAACUGUUUGUGUGGCUCUGGUUUCCUGUGCUCAGACCAUGUCUGCUCAAAUUGUGAAAAGGAAAAGAAAUGCCGCAAGGGAGAGGAACUGAAGAGAACAGGUUCCAGGGAAUACACUUGGAAAUGUGUCCCAUGUCCUAAUAACACAUACUCUGACACCGAACAGGGUCACUGCAAACCAUUGACACAGUGUGAUACACAUGGAUUUAUUGUGAUCUUCCCUGGGAACAAGACCCAUAACUCAAAAUGUGGUAUACAUGAGCAAGGAAACAAAGAGUACGGGCAUUACAUUCUGGCCAUUGGCUUCUUCUUCUUUGCUGUCGUCCUCUUGGUGUUCCUCACUUAUGCCUGCAUCAGGAGAAUCAGGCACAAGCCUAACGCUAAUAUACAUGGCUUCCCACUGUCAAAAGAGGAGAGUGGAAGCCAGCUCAUCCAGCAGGCUGAAACCAAGGACAAUGCCAGCCAGAUUCUGCUGUCCAUGGCGAGCAUCUCCACUGUGUGAUAUCUUACAUCUGCUUGCAGGAGUGCUUUGACUUCAGGGUAGCAUGUCAGCUAGUCCUGAAUGACCAAAUGCUACUUCUACAAUUUGUUUUGCAGUUAGCCUGCUAUAAUUUCCUUGUCUUUUGUAAUCUUGUUUGUUGCUAUUUCGUAUAUUUGUGCAGUCUUUCAUCAAUACUAAGUAUUAUUUUAUAUAGCUUUCUUACUUUUUUGCACAAUUAAUACUGUUUUUACUCUUUCUAAAGAAUCCCAACAUUUUUCUUUUUUUAUAUAACCUUUAUUUUUACAGGUUUUUUCACAUUAAGAUAAAAAUCUAUUUUUCAAGAGAGACCUGGUCCAACAGCUACAGGGGGGACAAAGUUUCAGGCAAAACAUCUUACAACAUUUAACAAAACAUUAAACACACAUACAGUAACACAAUUACAUAUUACAUAAAAAAACACAAAUGUCAUAACUAAAAAACAGCUGUCCUAAUGACAAUUACACUUUAUGAUAUUUACAUCGACCAAGUGUUUAAACUCCACCAACGUGACUAGAUCAUCUCAUUUUAAAAUGUUCAGGAGAUAAUUCCAGGACAACGGAGAUGAGUAACUAAAACUAUUUCGACCAUGACCUGUUCUAAUUCUUGGUACUGCAAGAAAGCAAAUGAGAAUAGGACCGUAAUCUAUAUUUAUUUACUGACCUGAUUAAAAAAGAACAGAGAUAGUGACAUUAUACCCAAUAUGGCCUUUUAAAUCAGUGUAUACCUGUGUUUAAGACUACGCAAGGUCAAUGACGACCUGCCAACGGCGCAGUAGAGAUCACAAUGACAUGCUAGACGUUUUUGAUUGGUAAUGAACCUGAGGGCCUCAUGAUAUGCUGAAUGAAGUGCUCUCAGGGUAGUAGUUGAGGCCUGUAUAUAUACACAGUACCAGUCAAAAGUUUGGACACACCAACUCAUUCAAAGGUUUUUCUUUACUUUUCUAUUUUCAACAUUGU